AUGUACAAAUCAUUGGAAUCGGAAGGUUACACCUCGAAAGGUUCCCCUGCGAGUCUGUUGUUCAAAGCAGAAUGUUCAAAACGAAUCGCGGCUACAACGGUUUAUCACGAAGGAGUCGCAGAGAUUGUUUAUCGUAUUGAAACUGUAUUAUUACCAUGUCUAUUAGGUAUUGGUACAAUUUGUAAUAUAAUUACAUUUCUCGUUAUGAGACGCCGCCGAAUGAGAGUGUCAUCAACCUGUUUUUAUAUGGCCGUAUUAUCAAUUACAGAUACACUUGUUUUAUGGACCGGUUGUCUAAAUCAAUGGUUUUACAUCAUGAAAUUACCAACAUUGGUUAUACAAUCGACAUUUUCAUGUAAAAUUUUAACAUUUCUAUUUGUUACAUUCGCCGAUUUCAGCGCAUCUCAAACAUGCACAGUCAAACGUGCAAAAUUAGUUUUAAUCGGUAUUUUAUUAUUUUUUUCAUUCGUCGAUGGUCAUUUUCUAUUUACAUUAACUAUUGUUAAUCAAAGGCGUACGUCUGUGUGUAUGCCUAAACCUUGGGCUGUUUAUUUCGUUGAAAAUGUUUUUGUUUAUAUUGAUGCCUUAAAAUAUUCAGCAUUGCCAUUUAUUAUAUUAAUUGUUCUAAGUUUUUUAAUUAUAACAAAAGUAUUUCGUGCCGAAGGUAUUAGUGCAGAAUUACAAAAUUUAAAACAAUUAAAUCAUAGUUCAAAUGCAAAACCGUCUAUUGUUAGUUCAGCCUCGCGAGUGGGUAGACGUGUCACAUUUAUGCUUCUAUCAGUAUCAAUAGCAUUUUGCGUAUUUUCGGCACCCAUGUCACUCAUGCAGAUCGUCCAAUCAUUUUAUUCAGAUCGUAAAACAUCUCAUUCAAAUGCGGUACAUAGAUAUCUAGCAAUUGGAAAAUCAGUGGCUGAAAUAUCACAAUAUAUUAAUCAUAGCAUUAAUUUUUUUCUCUAUGCCAUAACAGGUCGAGUGUUUCGGUUAGAGUUUAUUCGCUUAUUUUUUCCUAAUCGUCAUUAUUCUGCUAAUAGCAAACGUUGUUCGAUAUAUUCGUUUGAUAAUCGUUCAAUUAGAGUACGACCAAUAAGAAGAAAUGGUUUACCAUCUACGGCAACCGUCGUCGCCCAAAAACAUCUUCAUUUUUCAUCAACAAUACCAUCUAUUAACGAAGAAACAAAUAAUGGUAAUCGACAACUAUUAGUCGGAAAGAAUAAAAAAUAUUCGUUAUUUCAAAAAGUCAAUAAUGCAUCCCCAAAAUCACGUCGUUCAUAUGUUGUAUCACAAUUAUGA